AUGACUUCAAUGUCAAUGAACAUUAAGAAGCAAGUACAAACAGUCUUAGACAAAAUUCAAUGCUCUGGAGAUUUUUGUGGAGGUGGCCAGCUUGAUGUUGCUCUGCCAAAUGUUGUUAUCGACGGUAUUGAACCACUUGUUUUUCCAUUAGAUGAAGCACAAGCUAGGAAAAUCAUCAACCAAUGUCAAUUAGCACCUUUUGGACUUCGUGACAAGACUUUGUACGAUCUCCGAUUGAUUAUUCCACUUGAUCAUGAAUAUACGAAAGCAAGUAUGAAAAAUGGUCCUCUAUUAAAAGGAAAAGAUGCGAUUACUGGUGAAAUUGUUCAAUAUGCUUGUCAAAAUCAUCAAAAUCAUUUAAUGCUCUAUUGUGUAAUGGUAGAACAAUCCGAUGAUACUAUUAAAAUUCAAUACUACGAACCAUUUGGUGAUCCAUAUGAACCUUUCACAAAAUACUGCUCGAUUCUCGAUUAUCAACAUCAAGAAAAAAUUUCUGUUUCAAGCACCGAUUUGUUAGAUGAAAACAUAUGGAAUAAGCUCAAACUAAAAGCUAUUGAAGGACCUUGGACAGGAAAUGAAGCAGAAUAUAGUCAUCAUUGGUAUAAUCUAAGUGCACUUUUACUUCUUCCUGAAAAAUAUCGCUACGACCUUAUUGUCUAUCCAUCCGAAGAGAAUGGUAAACUUAUGUACAGGGUGAACUAUGAAUUAUGGCACGUUCUAAAUGUAUUACAAGAUUGUAAACCUUCGGAAGAUAACGCAGGUGUGACGUCUGCAACUUUAGAUUUAAUUACCAAGGGAAUUCUAAAAUCGGGAUUCGAACUAGCUGAUCAGUUUCGUAUACCACUGAUUCAAUGUCUUAUAGUUCUUGCUCUUUUAAAUAAGACAAAUCAGGAGGUGACUAUUACUGUCAAAAAUUUGAUUGCAGAAACAUUACUUAUUAAACCAUUUUUCUCCGCAUUUUCUAAUUCACAAUAUGGAAUGUACGAACGAAUGGCGGAUGUUUUGUUUGGUGCUGGCAAUGUACUUGAAUGGACUGUAAUUGCCGAUCAAGUACUUUCUCUUUUUCAUGAAGAACUACAAUCAGCGAGUUAUUUAUCAGAAAACAAUCUGGAAAACAGAAUUGAACGCAUUACAACUUUUCUUUCGAAAUUUAUAUCAUUAAUAAACACCAAAAGAAAUGACAAAGAAAAUCACUUAAAUGAAGAAGAAACAAUAGCAUUGCAAUAUAUAUUAACUCAAAUGAUUGAAAUAUUCUCAGCAAUUGUUAUUCAAGUCGUACAACAAAUUAUUUCAAAUCGACAACAACAAACGGAAAAUCAGCAUAAACUUGAACAUAAUCGACAUUACUAUUUCUAUAAAAAAUCUACAUUUAGUAUCAAAAGUUUAUGUUCAUUUCUCAAAAUAAUAAGUAUGGUUGAUAUUAAUUCGAAAAUUAAUCAAUCAUUAGGCAAUAUAAAUCAGAACAUACAAACACUUAUUGAUCAUGAUUCUACCAAUGGCUACCAAUCAGUCAAUUCUGAAUAUGAAACGACCGUUGAUUGUAUGAUAAAAUACAUCAUUAAAUCAGUUAUAUUUCCAUUUCUGAAAGAAAUCUAUCCUUGUCAUGCUUCUUGGUAUCUUGCUUUAAUUCAUUUUUGCAGAACUAUAGUUAAAUCAAAACUUGAAACGCUCCAGAUCGAAAUGAACAAAACCUAUGAUGUUUUUCAAAACACACGUUUACCAUGUUCGUGCACUGAUUGCUAUCGUAUCAGUGCAUUUCUUAAAGAUGUUACCAGAUAUGAAUAUAAAUAUGAAUAUCGUCAAUAUCGACAACUGGCACAUGUGCAUUCCUCCACGAAGCAACUCGGUCUGCCCAUACGCUGGGAUGGAAAUAAACUUAUAAAAAACAUCAAGUUGUACGAUAAUCAAAAGAUAUACAUAGAACUAAUGAAUAACUUGAAUGAUCUUCGUUGUUAACAAGUUAAAUAAUAUAUGGAUUGCUGCUCUUAUAUAAAUUCUUUUUAUUUUUUUGUGCUACUAUUUACAGUUUUCAAUGUUCUGAGUUUGCCUACUAUAUAUUUCGCCUUUUAUCAUUUAACAAUAAAAAUACUGCUUUUCUCAAAUACUGCUCAUCAUCAACAUUAUUAAAUAAAAGUGUAGGUCUUUUACAAGUCAUGUGGAUGUGGGUGUGGGUGCACUCUAAGAAAAAGGUUUUUUACAGAACCUAAAAAGAAUCUUAUCCUCGACACACGGUGAGAUCCUUUUUUGGUUCCGUAGAAAAAGGGUUUCGUACCGACCUCCUUUUCGAUAAUUCAAAAAAAAGGUUUCGUAGCAAUGGUUUCGUGUCAAACCUUUCAAAAUCCAUUCAAAGAAAAGGUUUUGUACCAAUAGUUUCGUACCAUACCGCACAAAAAGAAUUCAAAAAAGGUUCCGUACAAAACUAUCUGCACUAAACCUUCUUCCAAUUCUCUGCCCAGUCAAAAGGUUCAUUUAAUCCCCUGGUGCCGUCUGUGGUGUGCAUACUAUUCGAGUAUUUCUGGAAACCCAAGUAUGGUAUAGAUCAAAUAAAUCAAAAGUAAGUGAGAAUAGUCUAUAGAGUAAUUUUCUGCAUCAAUGAAGAUAAAUUACUCUAUAGACAAUUCACCCGCUUCCUUUUGAUUUAUUUGACCUAUACAAUACUUUGGUUUUCAGAAAUACUCGAAUAGUAUGCAUACCACGGACGGCAUCAGAGAGUUAAAACCAAAUCCAUCGAUGAUUUCCAUAAUUGAAACAACCUAUAAUAUAGAAAUGAACAAAUAUAAUCAUUUUAUAAGAUCAAACUUACUGCAUUUUUUUGUACUUGAAUCAAUCUAUAAUAAACAAAUAACGGCAUUUAUUUUAUUUCAUAGAAUCAGUCUCACCUAAAUUCCAUAUCGAGAUUAACCUAGAAUUAAAAAAAUGAAUAAUUCUUUUGAUUUUCUAAGAUAAAACUUACCUAAAAGUGUGUGUAUACAUCAACCUAGAACAAAAAACUAAACAAAUUUAUUAAAUUUCAUAAGAUCAAACUU